CAGAAACCUUCAUCAUGAAGCUCUUGGUGGUCUUGCUUGCCUCAGUAGCAUUAUGCGCUGGUAGUGCAAUUCCAUUGGUGCCAUUAGAUAACAGUCAUUAUGUGGAAGGCGAGAGCCGUUACAUUUGGAUGCCUGAUGGUGAGGGUAACCCCCAUCUUGUAGAUUUGCAAGCUCCCGUUGAUGAAGAGUUUCUUCAAUCCAGAAAUGGUGCCCGCAAUGAGUACUGGCUGUUCACAAGACGUAAUCCUACCAACCGCCAAAUUUUGGUGAACGGCAACGCAAACUCAAUCCGUAACUCCAACUACAACGGAAACCGCCCCACCAAGGUCAUCGUGCAUGGAUGGAACAGUAACGGAAACACAGCAAAUAACCCUCUAAUCACAGCCGCUUUCCUUGCGGUCGCAGAUGUCAACGUCAUAGUCCUAGACUGGAGAAAUACUGCCAGUGGACUCUACACCACAUCCGUGAGAGCUGUUCCCGAUGUUGGCAGACACCUUACGAAUUUCCUUAACUUUCUUUUCAAUACCGCUGGCGGAAACUGGAACAACCUCCAUUUAGUUGGUCACAGCUUGGGCGCUCACGUAGUCGGUAAUGCCGGACGCGCUAGUAAUAACCGACCAGUCCGAGUAACUGGUAUGGAUCCUGCUGGUCCUCAAUGGGGUGGUAACUCAAAUGCUCUAAACCGCAACUCUGGAGUAUACGUUGAAUCUAUUCACUCUAACGGUGGUGCUCUCGGUAUCAUGGACCCUAUUUCUGACGCUGACUUCUACCCCAACGGUGGCAGAAAUCAACCCGGCUGUGGAGACCCCAUGUGCUCUCAUUCACGUGCACCACAACUGUUUGCCUCUUCGAUCAGAAGCAACCACUUAGUGGGAAGACGUUGCAAUAACCUCAGUCAGGCUCAAAAUAAUCAGUGCACAGGAGCUACUUUAGUCCUUGGUACCAGCAACUUGGGCAAGCGAGGACAAGGAUUAUAUGGACUAAGAACCGGUAACAGCUGGCCUUUCUAAGAACUUGAAAAAAGGAAACUAUAGAAGAAAUAUUGCUCUGUGAUGCAUGAAAUUCCUGUAUAUAUCA